CGGAACUUGCUCCAUUUCAGAAUCUUCUCCCACGUUUCUGUUCCUACGAAGGAGUCGUCGACAUGUACCCAGGAACUUCAAGACCAUGCCUCCUGGGACAGAGAGACCCACACUACCACCAUGCUGCUGUGCAGAUCCAAGAGUAGCCAGACUCCCCUAGAACACCAGUUAUUUAUGGAGGAGGCCUACAACUCAGCCGUCUGCUUCAAGAUGCUCCGAGACAUAGGCACCUCAGACCUUCUCCAAAUCAAGUACAUCACCAAGAAGAUAAAGAAGAUGGCUCAGAAGUCUCCCAACCUGGUGAUGGAAACUAUCCAUGACUACUUCAAAAACAACCCAGAGAUUUCCUGCCGACACAGAUUCCGGCUGUUCCAGGUCCUGGUGGCAGUCAUUGGAGCCCUUGAUGUCUUGGAGGAGACCUGGCAAAAGUGUUUCAUGCAGCUGGCCCUGGAGCACAUGACCAAGUCCACGGAACUGGAUGUUACAUAUCAAGAUGCAGCCAGCAAUGUGUUACUGGCCCUCUGCCGGCAUUCAUGGCCAGCAGUGGCCAAGCACUUGGAGACGGAGCUCCUGACGGGUGUCUUCCCACACCGCAGCCUGUUUUAUGUGAUGGGCGUCCUGCUCUCUCAAGAGGAGCUUCUCAAGAUAGAAGACAGAAAGAACUGGAAAGAUCUGCUUUCCCAGACAGCCAGAAAGUCGGUGCCAUUCCUGAACGUGGAUGUGUGGUCCAAGGAACUGCUGUGGGCCGUCACCAAGUCUGGCAAGACACAGCAAGAGCACUCCCCAGACAAGGCCUUCCUGUUUACCUACUAUGGGCUAAUCCUUCAAGCUGAGGAGAGCAGCACCACCGUGAGGAUGCAUCUCAAAACCCUCUUGGAAACGUCUCACCAGUGGGCCAAGCAAAGGGAGGGCAUUGCUCUCACAGUGGGGCUGGUUGCAGUACGCCACUUGGAUGAUGCCUGGGCCAUCCUAGAACAGUUUGGGCGGAGCACACCCUUCAAGUGGAGCCUACAGAACUUUUCCCUGAAGCCCCACAACCACAACCUUGAGGACCUUCGGUGGAAGUGGGCCAGCUGCACCAUCCUCCUCUCCUACGGCCAGAUGGCAGCCUGGGCCAAGAGUUACAUCCUGCCUUGGGUGGACAACAUCUUAUCCAGGAUGAUCUUCUACUUCCGCUUUAGCUCUUGGGAUGAGACCCUGAAACAAAGCUUUCUUACGGCUGUCACGAUGCUGGUGGGGGCCAUCAGCCGGAGUGAAGGUGCCCACAGCUACGAGUUCUCCCAGACGAGUGAACUCCUCGAGUGUCUGAUGACACUGAUUGAGAAAGAACCGCAAGACACGCUGCUCACCAGCAUCCGUCAGCAGGCCAUCCACAUUAUUUCCAGCCUCUGUGAGCUGAGGCCACCCAUGGAUGCAGACAGGAAAUCCCGCCUCCUCUCCAUCUGCUUCCGCAGCAUCUUUACCCUGCCACAGCUGGAUGCCCUGGAGAAGCACACCUCCCACCUCCUGGAACCACCCAACAUCGAGGUGCAGCAUGCACUAAAGCCAAGGGGACUUUGGCAGGACACCAGGCUCAGUCUGCUGUGUGUGGCUGGAUGGGGAGCAAGGGCUGUUUUGGGGCUUCAUCCCCACAGGACCUUGCUGACCUCCUCUCUUCCGCAGGGACUAUUCAGCCAGACCAUGGAGGCACUGGACCACAUGCUGCAGUGUUUCAUGGUGCAGAACCCCACAGCCAAUGAGCUACACUUCCUGCUGUCGCACCUGUACAUCUGGCUGACCUCAGAGAAGACUCAUGAGCGACAACGGGCAGUGCAAAGAUGCACAACACUGUUCAAAUUCCUAACUGAAAAAUGCUGCCUAAGUACCAAGGAGAACUUCGUAAGGAUCGGGCAGCUGGUGGCCAUGCUGGGCAUCCUGUGCCAGGACUCUGACAGGACCAUCCAGAGCUUCAGUCUAGAAGCUUUGGGCCAUCUCUAUCAGCUUCUGAUGCACCAGAAAGACAUUGGCUGGGGUGGGGAGAGGAGUGUGGAAGGGACUGUGUACUGGGCCCAUGUAGAGAGCUUAGAGGAGUGGGUGAUCAUGAAACAUCUGGAAAUGGCAGAACUGACCGACCUCAUCUGGACAGCCAUUGAUGGCUUGGGUUCUACGAGCUCUUCCCGGGUGCAGGCAGCUGCUGAUUUGCUUCUCCUUGUCAUCCAGGAGCAUGGGGACGGCUUGGCAACUGUUGGUAAAAUGGGCCAGGCCAUCCACCACCACCUCUGUGCCAUCCAAAUGCCCCAAGCAAAGGACAGUGCCCUGCGUGUCAUCACCCUACUGGCCAGGAACCACAUCCCAGAGCUGGUAGCUGCCUUCCUAGACUUUUCCUCGCCCCUGGACAGCAACGCCUUUCGCCUGUGGAGGGCCCUGGGAGCUGAACAGCCUGCAAGCUACCUGAUUCUGACUGUGCUGCUGGCUUGGCUGCAGAAGAGGCCUCUGCCCCCUAGUGUCAGCGGCGACAGCAGCUCCUGUCCCAAGGAGAAGCCCUACUUUCGUUCACUGGCUGCCAUGAACACAAUUCACGAACUACAGUUUGCGCGAGAGUUCAAGAAAGCUGUGCAGGAUAUCUUUCCCCAGCUGUUCCUGGCCCAUCUGGCCCAAAUGCACUAUGUCCUGGAGCUGAACCAACCCACAGAGUCUGAGCAGGAGGCAGACAUGCCAAGCCCUCAAAGCCUGGCCUCUCUGCUUGGCUGCAGCACAUCACUGGAGGCACUGAAGAGCCUGCUGUCCACCACAGGACACUGGCAUGACUUUGCUCACCUGGAACUGCAGAGUGCGUGGGAAUACUUCACCUCCAUCCACACCUAUCCACAGGCCGUGGGACUCCUUGCCAGGGCCAUGGUGCAGAAUCACUGCACACAGAUCAAAGCCGUUCUUGGCUACUUGCUACCCAACCUGCAAAGCCAGCAGGAGCGAGAAAGGAAGACAGCCAUCCUGCUCCUCAUUGAGUUCCUCUAUAGCCCUGCCCUGUUGGAGGUACUUUCUAAACAGGCUGCCCUGACUGUACUGGCUCAAAGCCUCGAGGACCCCAGCUCUGAAAUCCGUGUGGCCAGCCUGCAGGGCCUUGGAAACAUACUCUUCCACCCGGAGAAGGAAAGCCUGCUCCAGGGUCAGCUGCCAGCCUUCCUCAAUGGCUUCUUCCAGAAGAACAAAGCAGUGGUAGUAGGCAUUAUGGGCAUCGUCUCGGAUGUACUGCACCGCCUGGGCACGCAGGGCGCAGGUGCACAGAGUCUCAGCAUCGCUAUCAACACCCGCUACUACUUUGAUGAUGAACAGGACAAAGUUCGAGCAGCAGCUAUGGCAUUGUUUGGGGACCUGGUGGCAACGGUGGCAGACAAGGAGCUGAACGGCCUGCGGGCCCAAGUAUGCCAGAGUAUGGUGCCUUUGCUCCUGCACCUGAAGGACCAGUGUCCAGCUGUUGUCACGCAGGCCAAGUUCACAUUCUACCGCUGUGCUGUGCUGCUCCGUUGGCAGCCACGGUACACGCUGUUCUGCACUCUAGCCUGGGAAACCGGCCUCAGCGCCCGCCACUUCCUCUGGACCUGCCUGAUGACCCACAGCCAGGAGGAGUUCGGCAUCCACCUGUCACAGGCCAUCAACUACCUGCACAGCCGUCACCGCCACAUCAAGACCUGGGCAGCUUUUUUUAUAGGGUACACGACCUGCAACCAACCCCAGGCCGUGUCACAGAUCAUAAGCGACAGGGACAUUAAGCUGUUAUUCUCUACUUUUAAAGACCUCAAAAAGGACCCAGAACCUGGCAUCCGGGAAUUUGCCAGCAGACAGCUCUCAUUCUUUUGCAAGAUGUCAGCCAGAUCCAGGAAGUGA